AUGGCUUGCGGAUCAGCUUCUUCUGGCCUUGUCAACCGAAACGGUCCCGGCAGCGCGGCUACUUCCAUCGCUGAGAGCAUUAUCAAGCCUGCGGAAGCCACUGGCGGAAAGACCAAGUGCCUCGAGGUUAGGAGAAGUCUCGAGGAUAGGGUCAGGGCGUUGGCCAGCAAGAAGGCCCAGGUCUGCCAGAUGGUCAACGUCUGCUGA